CAGGCCAUAUCUAAGCACCCUGUUGCCCGCAUUGGCCCGUGGGCCUUGAGUUUUGGCACCCCUGCUUUAGAAGCUUAAUGACCCACAAUAGUUGCACAUUACAUUUAUUAACACACCAACUUGAUUCUUCCCCAAUCACUUGGGCUAAGCUACCCAAUCUCUGUGAGAAUUGGUCAGGACAAGGUCAUGUUCCUUUUUUCUUACCCUCUGCCUUGUGAGAAAAUCCUCAUCCAAACCGGAACCACAGACGUUGGGUUGAGUGAGUCACAGGUAACAGGAAGCUCGAGGCCAGCUCGCUGUUGCAGAGAGCAAGUAGCCACAUGCAGCUUUGAAUGUGAGACCGCUGAGUAAGAAAUGGCCAGAGAGUAAAGGAUCGGUAACUUCUGCGUCUUAGAAAACCUCUAAACUUUACAAGGCUGGAACUACAGUAACACCAAGCUAUGGGUCAAGUGGAGCUGAUUUGGGGUGCCUUCUCCUUGAUGAUUCUGGGGGCCCUUAUCAGCAUGUGCAUGAAAUGCCAACAGACUGGGAGUAAACAGGAGAAGGCAAAUGUGGACAACCAGAGAACUCAGUGUGAAAACCAACAGGAUUGUGAACGUUCCUAUUUAAGUUCCAUGUCAAAACAGUCACAGAUGAAAGAGACAUACCAUACAUCAGAACAAAGCAAAAGCAGAAAACUCUCCAGCUUUAAUGACUUUGAAACCUGCAACAAGUCCAGAUUUCAAAAUGUAAAAACAGAGAUUCAAACAGAGGACGACUAUACUUAUGUUGAACCCGUCUCUCCACAUCAUUACUACAAUUGGCAAAACGACACAAGACUAUCAAGUGGUAAGUGAUUCCCAUGGAUACCAAAAUGUGAUUGGAACAAUCAAAAGUAAUAGAUUUUUGACAGAUGAAGACAUCUAUGAGAACAACCUAGCAAUUCAGAUAUGGAAGCAGGCACAGAUUUCAGAAAGCAACAGUGUUAAUCGUAAAGAAGAAUCUAUUUACAUCAAUACAUAACAAUAUA